AUGACGGAGUUCUACGCGAAGCGAAAAGCCAAUCGCGAACGACGAAGUUCAGACCCUGGACAAGUUCACCAAGUGCGAAACACAGAUGCAUCAUCGAAACCCGAGCGCAAGUUCGUCACCACUCGAAUCAAUGACGCAAAGAUCAAGCUCUUUCACAUUUGGGGAGCAUUUGACUGUUGCAUGAAGCUUAACGAUCACGAAGUCCUGGGAACUUGCCACGUCUCCUCGCGAAUCAACUUGUUAGGAAACAACUUUUUCCAGCCGCUUGGAUUGUGGGAUGUGCUAAUCUCCUCUCUUGUCUGCAACAAAAUUGUUACGAACUCCGAACACGACAUUGUUGCCGAGGCCAAACGAAAGUUUCCGCAAUUAUUUUCAGACGGCCUUGGUAAGUGCACCAAAACAAAAAUCUCUCUUACUCUCAAGCAGGGAGCCAAGCCGGUUUUUCGCAAAGCCCUAACAGUGCCGUUCGCCGCAGCCCCAGUGAUCGCCGCCGAGAUUGAACGCCUUCGACAUUUGGGAAUCAUCAGCCCAGUUGAUUUUUCUACAUCGGCCGCACCGAUUGUCGCGAUCAAGAAAUCAAACGGCAAGACUCGCAUCUGUGGUGAUUACUCGACAGGCCUCAAUGACAUUCUUGAGCCAAACCAGUACCCGCUUCCGACACCCGAGAUGAUCUUCGCCACGCUG